AUGCCAGCUGCUGUCGCUAAAACACCAGCAAAGCGAGUCCUCACCGAAGCCUCGACUGGCCGGGCAAAUGUACUGGCUUCCCCCCGCUCAUCGAAGAAGAUCAAAUUCGAGAAUGGCACCAGCAAGCGAGGGCCGCCAGUGAAGAUGGCUCACAGCUCAUUCAACUCGAGCCAGGUGGCACCGAGCCAGUUCGAACAGACACUGGAGAAAAUGACGCAGGACAUGGGGGCGCUAAAGGAGAACAACGCAGAAAGGGACCAGCAAUGGAAGCGGCCAUCACUGCCGGAGGACUUCAGCGAGAUGACACACAAAGUCGUCUUUCAGCAGAUCGAGGCUGAGGAGGGCGUGCUGAAUGGAGGUAGAACAACAGUCAAGCUGUUUGGGGUGACAGAGAACGGCCACUCCGUCCUCCUUCACGUCACCGGCUUCCUUCACUACUUUUACGUUGCUGCGCCCAUAAACUUCCAGAAGGAGGAUUGCGCGCCCUACAGACUAUACCUCGAGAAUGAAUGUCAGAAGCAGUUUAGCCAGUAUUCGCCCGUAAUAGACUCGGUGCAGAUGACCAUGAGGGAGAAUAUACUGCGUUUCCAAGGAAAUCAGAAGAGCCCAUACCUGAAGAUUACGGUCAGCGACCCCAAGCUCAUCAACAGAGUGCGGAUGUUGGUCCAGAAAGGAAACGCCAACUGGCAACAGCGCUGGCCAGCCAGUGCAGACGGGAUCCUGACAUUUGACAAUAUUGCCUACGUGCUAAGGUUCAUGAUCGAUACUAAGAUUGCUGGCAUGUCGUGGGUUGAAGCACCCGCUGGCAAGUAUAGGAUUAUCGAUUCUCGCGAUCGACAUUCGAACUGCCAAAUCGAAGCCCAAAUCCAAUACUCCGACCUGGUCGCUCACCCUUCAGAUGGAGAAUACUCAAAGAUUGCACCGCUCCGCAUUCUUUCUUUCGAUAUCGAAUGCGCUGGUCGCAAGGGUAUCUUUCCCGAAGCACAUGUGGAUCCCGUCAUUCAGAUUGCAAACGUGGUCACCAGGUUUGGCGAAGAGAAACCUUUUGUAAGGAACGUCUUUUGCAUGGACACAGUUAGUCCGAUUGUUGCGACGCAAGUCUUUUCUUUUCAGGACGAGGGAGAGAUGCUUAUGAAGUGGCGCGACUUCGUUGAAGAAGUAGACCCCGAUGUCAUCAUUGGCUACAACAUCUCCAACUUCGACUUUCCAUACUUACUAGAUAGAGCGAGACAUCUCAAACUGCAGAAGUUUCCUUACUGGUCGCGUCUCCAAACAACACAGUCGAAAGUAGCUGUUUCAACUUUUUCUAGCAAGCAGAUGGGAAGCCGAGAUAUGAAGACCACCAACACCAACGGACGUCUUCAACUAGAUUUGCUGCUGCUCAUUCAGCGCGACCAUCAGCUUCGAAGCUAUACUCUCAACUCCGUCUGUGCGCACUUUCUAAAAGAACAGAAAGAAGACGUACAUCACAGCAUGAUUACCGAACUAUACAAUGGUGACGCCAAUUCGCGACGACGAUUGGCAGUGUAUUGUCUCAAGGAUGCGUACCUGCCGCAGCGACUUUUAGACAAGCUUAUGUGUCUGGUCAACUACACGGAGUUGGCUAGAGUGACAGGUGUGCCUUUCAACUAUCUUCUUGCACGAGGGCAACAAAUCAGGUUUAUCAGCCAGUUGUUUCGAAAAGCUCUCGAUCACCAACUUAUCUGUCCUGACCUUCCGAACCAAGGAGAUAGCGGGGAUAUGUACGAAGGCGCAACAGUCAUUGAACCGAAGCGUGGUUACUACAAGCAACCGGUCGCAACUCUCGAUUUUGCCUCCCUGUAUCCCAGUAUCAUGCAAGCGCACAACCUUUGCUAUACGACCUGGCUCGACAGACAAACAGUGGAGAAACUCAAGAUGAAGAAAGAUGAGGACUAUAUCGUAACACCGAACGGCGACAUGUUCUGCACUGUCAAAACGCGAAAGGGACUUUUAUCUGAGAUCUUGGAAGAAGUGUUGAGUGCACGUAAGAAGGCGAAGAGAGAGCUGGCCACUGAGACAGAUCCAUUCAAAAAGGCUGUGCUCAAUGGUCGUCAGCUGGCUUUGAAGGUCACUGCAAACUCCGUCUAUGGUCUCACGGGUGCGACUAACGGAAAGCUACCCUGUGUUGCGAUCGCUAGUAGUACCACCAGCUUCGGUCGCCAGAUGAUUGAGAAGACGAAGGCAGAAGUCGAGGCGAAAUACAACAUUGCGAACGGAUACAGUCACGACGCAGAAGUCAUCUACGGUGACACGGACUCGGUAAUGGUAAAAUUCGGCACAUCUGACCUUGCCGAGUCCAUGAAACUUGGACAAGAAGCCGCAGACUACGUCUCCUCGAAGUUUAUCAAGCCUAUCAAACUAGAGUUUGAGAAAGUCUACUUUCCUUACCUACUCAUCAACAAGAAGCGUUAUGCUGGUCUCUACUGGACAAAUCCCGACAAUUGGGAUAAGAUGGACACUAAGGGUAUUGAGACUGUGCGUCGAGACAAUUGUCGUCUAGUGCAAACAGUCAUUGAAACCUCACUCCGCAUGUUACUGAUCGACCAAGAUCCAGAUGGUGCGCAAGAAUUUGUCAAGGACACCAUCUCCGACCUCCUGCAGAACAAGGUUGACAUGUCCAACCUUGUCAUCACCAAGGCACUCACCAAGACGCUCGCUCCAGAAGACGCCAACGAUGGCAAGGAAAACAAGGAUAUCAAGGAAAACAAGAGCAGUUACACGAACAAACAAGCACACGUUGAGCUUGCUGAACGUAUGAGGAAGCGCGACGCCGGUUCUGCCCCUGCUUUAGGUGAUCGUGUCGCAUAUGUCAUGGUUAAAGGUGCAAGCGGCUCCAAAAACUAUGAAAAGUCGGAAGAUCCCAUCUUCGUCUUGGAGAACAACCUCCCUAUCGACACAAGAUAUUAUCUUGACAAUCAGCUUGCGAAGCCACUUGGCAGAAUUUUCGAGCCUAUUCUUGGCGAAAAGAAAGCCAAUUCGCUUCUUACAGGCGAGCACACACGCACAAUCUCCGUCGCCGUGCCUACCAUGGGUGGCCUCAUGAAGUUCGCCAAGAAGACGCAAACGUGCAUGGGCUGCAAGAAGCCACUGACUGCUACGCACGAGAGGGAGGGCGCGGUCUGCGAGAGCUGUCGCCCUCGAAUUGGCGAGCUGUACCAGAAAACGCUGAGCAAGGUCAGUGAAUUGGAAGUACGAUUUUCGCGCCUCUGGACGCAAUGUCAGCGCUGUCAAGGGAGUAUUCACUGUGAAGUUAUUUGUUCGUCGCGAGAUUGCCCUAUCUUCUACAUGCGCAUGAAGGCGCGGAAGGAUGUCGAGGACGGAGGCAAAGAGCUGGUGCGAUUUGACAAGGAUGCUGCGCUUUGGUAG